AUGGUACAAUACAAGCGCAAACCCGUCAAGACGGUGUCUCCUCCACUGUUCCUCGACGACAAUUCUGAGGUGUGGGUGAUUGACGCGACUGGGGAAAUCUUCGUCGACUAUGAGCGGUAUCUGAACAGACGCGACUUUUACCUCCAGAGGAUAUUUACAUGCGAAGCAACCGGAGAGGGAAAUUAUACCUUCUUUGAAGCUCUGGAGAGCGAGAUCGAAGCCGCAAAGGAAGUCCCAUGCGACUUCCCAGAGUAUAUGCGGGAGCGCGUACUCAAGUUUGUGCAAUUCGAGAGCACACCACGCAUGGAUGACCUCGUAAACCUCGUUUUCGACUACUUCCGCGAGCAUCUCAUGGUUGGCGAUCAAGUAUGCCUCGAAGUCGACAACGACCGACGAUACGGCAGAAUUUUGCAAAUGGUCGAUAGUUCAAGAUUGCAUGGCAUUUACACUCCGGUGGAUAUGGACGAACAAAUCCGCUCAUACCAGUAUACCAUCAAGAUGGAAGACAAUGGCGAGGAUCUGAUCCGAUAUAGGACAGCUGAACUUCAGCGCGAUCGCAGGGUCUAUUCAAAGAUCCUGCUGAAGCAAUUUCUUCGAGGAGCCUUGUCUCGAGAAUCAUGGACUGGAGCACCGUGGAUGGUUAAAGACUAUCUUGCAAAACGCUACAAGAUCCCUACAAAGAUACCUGAUAUGAAGACCCGGGAGGCACUCAUGGCUGCCAAGAAAGCGCAUAAUGCCACAAAUAAUGGCGCUCCCCAUCCAGGUCGACCAGGUAUGGGUCCCCCAUAUAUGGACGGUCCCGGCUCGGUGAUGCGAGGCCCUCAUCAAGCAAUUGCGGAUCUUCUUAACUUGAAGAACUUGCAAAUGGUGGGCGCAACACCUUACAAAUAUAUGGCUGCGCCGCCUUAUGCAUAUUCCCACCAACACCCUCCGUUUAUCAAUGGCGGACAGCCUCCACCAUAUCUCAAUGCAUCUCAACCACCUGUUCUUGGUCAUCCGCACCAGCAGCCACAUCCGCAUCCGCACCCGCAUUCAUACCAGGGUGGUCAGCCUCCAGCACAUAUGCAUGCGCACUAUCCCCACCAACAACCGUUACCGUCUCCAGGACUUCAGCUUACGUUACCGUUUCCGAACAACUUUAUGUCAUAUCAAGCUCUUCCCACCCAGCCGACAACCAAUGCGCAACCGCAACAAAUGCAGCACACACAACAUGCGCAGCACCCACAACAACCGCCACAGGCAUAUGCCCCCGCUCCUCCAGCGAAAGUGGUAGAAAUUGUCAAAUAUCCCAUCGAGGACCUGCGAUUCAAAGGUCCUCAGAUCAAGGUGAUUCGACCGGCUUUGAAGUUCUACUCGGAUGAUGUGCCGGAUGGUGCAGAACCUCCUCCUGAUAAAGAGAAAACAGGUAUCCACAUGAAGAGUAUCGGGCCCAUGUUGUGUAUCUGGGAUACUCUUAACGUGCAUGACGAGAUAUAUCAUCUAGAUUCAUUCACCUUGGACGAUUUCGCAGAAGCUAUCGGAUUCUCUUCCGAGGAGACGGAAUGCGAGCUGUUAACAGAAAUGCACUGUGCUGUGUUAAAACAGUAUUUGGACGAAGACGGGCAUAUCCAAGUAGACCUUCCGCUGGUCAAAGACGAGGAAUCAGACAGCGAAGAAUCGAGUGAAGAAAGCACACCGGAGCCGGAGCCCCCAGUUCGAACUACUCGCAGCAGUUUGAGAAAGUCGGAGGCGAACCAAAUCUUGAAACAACGCACACCUACCCCCGAGCCCCCGAAGCCAAUACAUAAUGCAGCCCAAUUUCUCUCUGAGUCUGAAUUCGAUUGGAUCGAGCAAAUCAAGACACGGAAUUUCAGAGAGGGCGGAUGGCAGGCCACGCUCGUAGGCCUCCUUUACCGACUGUCCUCCAGCCCGAUUUAUAAAGAUACUUGCGACGAGGUCUUGGCGCAACUUGUACCGCCCGACGAGGAGGCUUCCAUCGAAACAAUUGCCUAUAAUUACGUUUAUUUGGAUGUGAACUAUCGUAUAUCAGCGCUUGAUAUCAUAAUGCGUCUUACCGUUUCGACGGAACCUUUCCGCGAGCAUCUUGCCAUCGCUUCUCAGGAUCUAACCAAGCUUCGGAAAGAUAAGAUUGAGCAUCAGCGGAAGCGCAAAGAAUUGGCCGACGAGGUAUUCAAGCUUGAUAUUGAGCGCAAGAUCCAGUUGCCUCUCAAUACACCGACGUCGCCUUCUGGCACUAACAAAGAAAAUCCCGAUGUGUCGAUGGCAGGCACGGAGGAUACCAAACAGGAUGCCGAUAAUCAAGAAUCCGCUGAAGAAGUGCAGACAGGAAAUCGCAGGCCGCGCAAAGCUGUCCGGCAGACAAAACGCAAACGAGAAUCGGAAGCUGCCAAGGUGGAGAAGGAGAAGAAGAAGAAAGCCGAAGCUGCCAAGACCAAACAACAAAAAGAGUGGGAAAAACUCAACAAAGCCAUCGAGGCGAAGAAAGCCGAGCUACGGCAGACGGAGGCUGACAUACAGGAGGUGGAUGAUGAUCUGCGCGAAACUCAUAUACAUCGUUCAAAGAUUCUGGGUAAGGACCGUUUCUUCAACAAGUACUAUUGGUUUGAAUCCAAUGGCAUGCCCUUCGGAGGCGUGCCGACCAGUUCGACGGCACAGCUGGGUUACGCAAACGGGCGCAUUUGGGUGCAGGGACCCGAUGAGCUGGAGCUUCAACCCCAUCUGGAAGAAGAAGCAAUGGCACAGGACAAGGCAGAAUUCGGAUGGACGGUUCCAGAGCGCAAAGAAAAAGAGGAAGGCGGAGCUCAUCUCAAAUCACCAUCUGAAUGGGGAUAUUUGGACGAUCCUGCUGACCUUGGGCAACUCAUAUCAUGGCUAGAUGAGCGCGGCGUUCGGGAAAGGGCCCUGCGGAAAUCACUCUACAUAUAUCGGGACAAGAUCGUUGAGUAUAUGGAGAUCAUGAAGGGCCGGACGCAGAAGACUGAACAGCACCAGGAUGAUGAGGAAGAAGACAAGCCAAGGGUUUCAACCCGUAAAAAAGCGACCAAGGAGCCCGAUGAAACACACAAACGGUGUCUGCUGUGGACAAACAGUAUCAUGCGCGAAGCCGAAGGGCACAAUCAUUCAGAAGAAUAUCAGGAGCCCAAAAAGACGAGGAAAGCAACAACCAAAAAGGGCAAAGGAAAGAAAUGA